GAUGGCUCCGGUGCGAUGGUGUGUGCCUGGUGAGAGGCUGUGCAGUCUGGAGGAUUGUGCUCCGGGGCAUGGGACUUACUGCAAGCAUGGCUACAUCUUUGCCUCUCUUGCGGGUUAUGUUUUUAAGACAAGUGACAAUGGUUUGAUGCCCGUGUUAUCUGUAGUGAGGGACGCAGAUUCACUACUUCUGCCAGAUGUGGGAGCCAUUGUCACAUGUAAGGUGAUGAGCAUAAACCCAAGAUUUGCUAAAGUUCAGAUUAUGUAUGUCGGCUCGAGAGCGCUCAAAAACACCUUCAAAGGCACGAUCAGAAGAGAAGACAUCAGAGCAACUGAAAAAGACAAGGUUGAAGUUUACAAAUGUGUUCGGCCAGGAGAUAUCGUUAUAGGAAAAGUUAUAUCCUUGGGAGAUUCUCAGUCCAGUUACUUGUUGAGCACAGCAGAAAAUGAGCUUGGAGUAGUAGUUGCACAUAGUGAAGCAGGGGCAACCAUGGUGCCUAUCAGCUGGUGUGAGAUGCAGUGCCCCAAAACCCAUAUCAAGGAACCACGGAAGGUGGCACGAGUACAGCCUGAGUUUCUGCAGACUUAAAAAAAUUAAAGCGUGUCUGCCACUUAUUACCAAAUGUUACCACUGUGUGGUUUGUACAUGAAAGAUCUAAAAAGGAACUUGAA